AGCGUGUCAAGUGUUAGAUGUCGUAAAAGGAACGGUUGAAGCGCCAACACAAACACGGGAAGAAACGUCUAACUGAGAAUAGUUAAUAAAAAAACUAAGAAUUUUUUUUAGUCACUUACCAUGGCUGGACCAUUUCUAUCACCUUUACCCGGUGAUCUUUUAACGGAAUAUAUGUUCGGUCGGCGACGACAACGGCGUAAUCGCACAACUUUUACCCCGCAACAGUUACAAGAAUUGGAAGCGCUAUUUCAAAAGACCCACUAUCCGGAUGUAUUUUUACGCGAAGAAGUCGCUUUGCGUAUUAGUUUAAGUGAAGCUCGUGUUCAGGUAUGGUUUCAAAAUCGUCGAGCCAAGUGGCGUAAGCAGGCGCGUCUUCAGCUACUCCAAGAUGCCUGGCGAAUGAGAUGUUUAAGCUUGGGACAACCACCUGUUAUGGGACAAAGUGGCACACCAAUACCCAACGGGGCAUCGCUAAAUGGCCCCAUGCCACCGGGAUUAGAUGCUGCCCCCGAAAACCUCUCGAAUUCGGCAAUGUCCAAAGAAACUCCCAACGGGACAAUGGGUAAUGGCUCACCACCACCCACAUCGCAACACAACAAUAUGACAAUGAUGCAUCCGGCUGAAAGUGGGCUGGCCAAUAAAUCAAAUGCUAGUGGGGGAAAUGAAAAAACCUAUACCGAACUUAAACUCUACAAAGAUCAUCAUCUGCAAAAUCAACAUUUAACACAGGCGCUGCAUGCCCACAUGCAACAUGAUCCCCGGCUAAUAGCUGCACUCGAUCACAAUUCGGAUGAUGGAUCGGAUGGUUCGGAUUCCGAAGAAAUUGAUUUGACCUCAGGAUCAUGUAUAGAUUUCUCAAAUAAACAUCAAAAUGUGGUCAUGAGUAAUGCAACAACAGUAGCAGCGUCAUCGAGUCCUGCAGGACAACAACCACAGCAGCAGCAACAACAAUUACAACAACCACAUUUGAUAACCAGCAAUGGAGUGCAUUGAAUGCGUAAUAUUAUUUGAAAAAAAAUUGAAAAUCUAAGGAAAACAAAUGAAACAAUAAAAUAUGCAAUAAAA